AUGGCCCGAAAGGGUCCCAACAGGAUCCCAACAGGAUCCCAACAGGGGGCUGGACGACUUCGUCCUCCCUGCGCUCUUUCCUUCCCGUCGGAGGCAGCCAGCGUGGAUAGCAAGGAUAUCGACGACGCCGUGCUGCAGAUGGCCAUGGCCAUGUCUGAGGAGGACGAGAAGCAGACGGACCCAGCGCGGGCGAAGACUCAGGACAGCGGCUUCGAGUGGAGCAGCCUCGUCAGCGUCUUCUGGACGAUCCUCAUCGUCUACUCAUUCGGCUCUAGCUUCAUUGCCCUCUCUCAGGGGCGCGUGCAGGACAGGACCGGCGGAGAGUUCACCGCGUACGAUUUCUUCGACAACAUCUUCGCGUUCAAGGAGUGGAGUUUCGAGUACACCCUCGGUUUCGACCCUUUCAAGGUGUGGGCUCAGAUGACAGGCAAAGCGCCCGAGCCCACCGACCUGGACCUCUGA